UUGGAUAUGAAGACAAGCCGGAGGAGCAAAGCGGAACGUGCUGGGCUGGCAGCAGCGCCGAGCAACCGGCGUCAGUGGACGCAGACUGCGCAAGUCCUUCAGUAGCCUCCUCUCUAAGUCAUCCCUCUGUCUUAUAGAACCGCGAUGUUUAAUGCCUAGCCACGAUUCUGAACCAAACAAAUAAUUAACUUGGCUGCCAAUCCGUGACGCACCGUUAAUUGAAGAUAAGCGUCGAUCACACAAGCGACACAAGGCGCGGCUCCCCGAACGCGCGGGUGCUCCAGGAUGUCAAUGCGGCUGGGUAACGGUAGAAAGAGGGACACGAGGAAAGCCGAGGUUCCUGUACCUGUCUGAUGCAAAUACGGAUAUGAGAUUCUGCUGUGUCUGCUGAAACUCCCAAAUUAGCCGGAGGCUGUGCGGUCUGACCGGCAUACUGAUUUGUUUCUGUAACCGCAUCCUCGCGACCUCCGCACUAACAGCAUUAACAUUAACACCGAGGGGGGAAAACGCCUAGACAUUUUUCUUCUUUUCUCGGCAGUUUUGGAGAGAAAAGGGGAAGACCAUUUUCAAGCGGUGUUUCGAUGUUUGCUAAGACACGCGCAUGCGUCGCUAUUGUCGGAUUUACUGCACUGACCAGGACUAAGUUGCGUUCCUCUCAUCUUCCACCAAAGUAUUUUCUUUAAUUGAACUUAGGAAUGUGGACGGCGCGACACCGCGCCCGAGCUGGCGUUUUAUCUCUGCCCUUGAUGGUGGCCGUGGUGUACUGUGCGCAAAGUGCGAAUGAGCCCAGCAACAUGUCAUACGUGAAAGCGACCGUGGACAAACUGCUCAAAGGAUACGACAUUCGCUUAAGGCCCGAUUUCGGAGGUGCACCUGUCGAUGUAGGAAUGAGUAUAGACAUCGCCAGCAUCGACAUGGUCUCCGAAGUCAACAUGGAUUACACCAUCACCAUGUACUUCCAGCAAUCAUGGAGAGAUAAGCGGCUCUCUUACACGGGUAUCCCCCUGAACCUCACACUGGACAACCGUGUGGCUGACCAGCUGUGGGUGCCUGACACCUAUUUCAUCAAUGACAAGAAGUCCUUUGUGCAUGGUGUGACGGUCAAGAACCGCAUGAUCCGACUGCACCCAGACGGCACUGUGCUUUAUGGUCUCAGCCUGCCUUUAUCAGAUAACCUCUGA